GGGGCAUUGUGUUUGAGGAAGCGCAAGAAACGGCAGUAAACCCUGAACAUAUGACUUUCUUAAUCACAUCGAUAUCAACGAAGAGUUUAUUGUGACUGCAGUUACAAUAUACGACUUCCAACGUCCCGAGCAGAAAGUGAGAAAAGUGACUGCCACAGCCGCACCACAGGAUGCAGAUCAGCGGUUAUCUCUGCGCUCUUAUCGCCUGUAGUGGAUUAACCCUGUCUUUGCCGAACAGAAACCAAACAGGACUGAAGUCUGGAAACGAAGCGCCACCACUCCUCCUGGUGUCGUUUGAUGGUUUUCGUGCAGACUACCUAAACAAAUACUCUUUUCCCAAUCUCGAGAAGUUCUUCUCGGAUGGCGUCCUUGUACGCAAGCUGACCAAUGUGUUCACCACAAAAACCUUUCCUAAUCAUUACAGUCUCGUCACAGGCCUGUACGCGGAGAGCCACGGGAUACUUGCCAGUAUUAUGUACGACCCGGUAACGAAAAAGAAUUUUUCUCUUCUGAAUGACCAUGACCCUUUCUGGUGGGACGAAGCCACUCCGAUUUGGGUGUCGGUGGAGCAGUCUGGCUACAGGGCAGCGGCUGCUAUGUGGCCAGGAACAGAUGUGAAUAUUCAAAACUGCACGUUAAAGUACCAAUUCAAGUACGACCCCAAUGUGACCUUCCAGGAAAGGCUGGGGAACAUCACACAGUGGAUGACAAAGGACAAAUCGGUGAAGUUUGCCGCUCUGUAUUGGGAAGAGCCUGACCGGAGCGGACACGUAUACGGCCCGGAUAACACCACAGAGAUGACUAGGGUUUUAAAGGAAGUGGAUGGUCAUAUAGGUUACCUAAUGGAGCAGCUCAACAAAACGGGAUUAUGGGGAAAAAUAAACGUCAUCAUCACUAGCGAUCACGGUAUGGCCCAGUGUUCUCAAGAGCGUCUUAUCAAACUGGAUAACUGCAUCAGUCCGAGCAGCUAUAUGGUGGUGGAUCUCACUCCUGUGGCUGCCAUCAUCCCACUGGAAGAUACUUCAUCUGUAUACAAAAACCUGUCCAGUUGUCACAGCAACAUGAAGGCGUACCGGAAGGCCGAUGUUCCCGAUAGGCUGCACUAUAAAAACAACGCAAGGAUCCAGCCAAUCCUGUUGGUGGCGGAUGAAGGCUGGACGAUUGUCAAAAAUGGCAAACUCCCACGACUGGGCGAUCAUGGCUACGACAAUACGCUUCCCAGCAUGCACCCCUUCCUGGCCGCUCACGGUCCUGCGUUUCGCAAAGGCUAUAAGAUGUCCAGCUUUAACAGUGUGGAUCUCUACCCGCUCAUGUGCCACCUCGUGGGCGUCCCUCCGGAGCUCAACAACGGCAGCUUCGCUCACGUGCGCUGUGCGCUAGUCAACGAGCAGUGCGGAGAGCUAGCGUUAGCGGUGGGCCUCGUCAUAGGGGUUCUGAUCAUCCUGACUACCUUCACCUGUCUAUUCAAGCUGAUGAAGAACAGAGAUAUCUCGUCUCCACGUCCGUUCGCCCGCUUGGAGUUAGAGGACGACGCCGACGACGAGCCGCUGCUUGAAUAAAGGAUGUUAGUAGAUGCAGGUACUGUGUUAGAUGGAGAUUCAAGCACAUGCAGGAUAUGUUAAAGGAAUAGUUCAUCUAAAUGAUAACUGCAUUUUCAUUUUCAGAUAAACUGUUCCUUUAAAUGUUGAAAUGGUGCAGAGAUGACAAUCAUAUUGAAACUGUAAGGGAGAAAUGCAGCCGUGGUAAAGCCAGUAACAUACACAGAAGGCACAAUAAUGAUGAGUCAUCGUUAGACCUAAAUAUUAAUGAACAUAACAUGUCAGCAGCAGUUGAGAUGGAAAUGCUUACUAGUGUUUAGUUGUAACAUUUUUAGCUUGUUCUUAAAGGGACAGUUCACCUAAAAAUUUAAAUUCACACAUAUGUUGUUCCAAAAAACCUGUAUGAAUUUCUUUCUGUAUUGUUUUAUGUUUAAGAGAAGAAAGUAGGUUUUGGAACUGGUUUGGAACAACUUCAGUGUUAGUAAAUAUGACAGAAUGUUUAUUUUUGGGUGAACUGUCCCUUUAACGAGGUUAUGAGUUACUUAGUAUGGAAUUUCCGUCACAGAUUAGAAAAAUAGAUAACUGUGACUUUUUAUCUCACAAUUCUGACUUUAUAUCUUACAAUUCUGAUUUCAUUCCUCGUAAUUGUGAGUUAUAAACUCAGAAUUGGAGCAUAUAAACUUGCAAUUUUAAGGAAAAAACUUUUUCAGAUUUCUUUAUAAAAAGUCAAGCUUGUUUUUGCCAUGGAAUAAAAAAUAAAACUUUAAUAGCAACUUAUUUUGUAAUUCUGAGUUUAUGGCCAGAUAUAAACUCAGAGUAGCGUAAUGAAAACUCACAAUUCUGAUGAAAAAGUCAAGCUUGUUUUUACCAUGGAAUAAAUAAAGGUAAUUGCAACUUUACAUCUUGUAAUUCUGAUUUUCCUUUUUCUCAGAACUGCAAGAUAUAAACUAAGUUUCAGUCAAUUGCAAGUUAUACACUCAUAAUUACGAGGAAAAAAGUCAAGCUUGUUUCCGUCACCAAAUAAAAAAAAUAAAAAAGGUUCUGAGAAAAAAAGCUUGUUUUCACCAUGGAAUAAGAAAUAAAAAAAAUGACUUAUUUCAUAAUUCUGAGUUUAUGGAGUUUAUAGCUAGAUAUAAACUCAGAAUAGCCAGAUAUAAACGAAUUUUGAGUCAGAAUUGCAAGUUAUAGAUUCAUAAUUACAAGAAAAAAGUAAAGCUUGUUUACGUCACCGAAUAAAAAAAAUAAAAAGGGUCAAUUUAGGGCUGCAAAAUGAUUAACUGCAAUUAAAAUACAUUCAGAAAACGUAAAAUGAGAGUUUAUGUUUACAUAUUAUAUGUGUGUACUUUGUAUAUUUAUUAUGUAUAUAUAAAUACACACAUGUAUAUAUUUUAAAAAGUAAUUGUAUGUAUACAUAUUUUUCCUUAAUAUAUACAUGUAUGUGUGUAUUUAUAUAUGCACAAUAAAUAUACAUAGUACACACACAUAUAGUAUGUAAACAUGAACUUUUAUUUUGAAUAUUUAGAAUUUUUAGCUUUCUAUAUCACAAUUUCGAGUUUAUAUCUUGCAGUUACAUUUUUAGAAUUCUGACUUUUUUCUCAGAAUUGUGAGAUAAGUCCCAGUUACUCUUUUAUUUUUGUGGCAGAAAUAAGCUUCCAUACCCUGGCGACAACAUACGAAAAAAAGCUACAAAUAUUUUGAUUGUGUUAGAUAAUAUCCUGUAUAAUCUCACACGCACAAGCAUGCUGUCGUCACGCUUAAAAGAUUUCAGAAUAAUUACAUCGUGCUUCUUCCAGUAAUGCUUUUUUUUAGCAUUAUCAUAUGCAUAUAAAUAUUGCUUUAUAUCUAUGCAUACUGCAUUUUACCAGUCAGGUUACUAAGGUACGCCAUGCUUCAUGCUCUUAAACUGCUUUGUGUCUCCCAAAAGCAUAAUAAGUCUUAGAAAGCAUUGAUGCAGUGCUUUUGAGAAAUGCAGAACAAAAAAGUGCAGAGUAUAAGCAAUAAUAAUUAAUACUAGCUUCUUUUCAGUGAAGACACGGGAUACUGAGGUUACUUGAAAAUGCAGAAAUGCCCGUACUGAGUUUGCCUGUAGUGAAACUUUAUUUAUUAAGUCACGUGUUUUAUCUGUUUUCACCACUAGGGAAUACACGACUAGUUAAAGCUGAAUAUUUAUUUCUUUUUUUAGAAGUUGCUUGGUCUGUUUUGCUUUGCAGAAAAGGUGUUUAGAUCAAAUGCAACUAAAGGAAUGCUAAAUCUCACAUUUCUUCUAAAAACGCCCUACUGAGGAGUAUUUCUGUAGGGUUUACGAGGGCUUUUUACUUGAAGAGCGAAUGUUUCUUUUGUAGUUGAAUGAUUCUGAGUGCUGAAUGUUUCUCAGAGAUUGUUGUGUUUGUAAAUAGACUGUAAAGCUUGCGCUUUUUUGCUUGUUGCACUGUAGUUUCAGAUUUGAGGAAAAUGAAAAUGAGGAAUUUUUAUUCAUGCUUUGAAAUGUUUGUAUGACAGGGAUUUUAUUUUUCUAUUUAAUUAAUAGCAGUUGUUCUUUUUAUUAAAAUGGCAUUGCUUGUUUUUUUGGAAAUAUUACACUUUUUUUUUUUU